AUUUGAAAACUCGCUGCUGAUCAGGACUGCACAAUCGAGGUGCGGACCUGACAGUGUCGAGCCCUGAUGCUGCGCAAAACAACGCAGUCUCUCAGCUCUAAGCUGAGCGGAGGGCAGGUGGCCCUGCCAGCACUGGUCAGAGCCAUGGGCACCCGCACCGAGUAUGACACCUUUGGGCCGCUGGAGGUGCCAGAGGACAAGCUGUGGGGUGCGCAGACGCAGCGGUCCAUCCAGAACUUCAAGAUUGGGGGGCCCACGGAGCGCAUGCCGGAGCCUGUGGUGCGCGCGUUUGGCGUGCUCAAGGGCGCUGCCGCCAAGGUCAACAUGGACCUCGGCGUGCUCGACCCCAAGAUUGGCAACGCUGUGGUGCAGGCGGCCCAGGAGGUGGCCGAGGGCAAGCUUUCCGACAACUUCCCGCUGGUGGUGUGGCAGACCGGCUCCGGCACGCAGUCAAACAUGAAUGCCAAUGAGGUCAUCGCCAACAGGGCCAUCCAGCUGCUGGGCGGCAGCCUGGGCGACAAGGGCGUGGUGCACCCCAACGACCACGUCAACAAGGGCCAGUCCUCCAACGACACAUUCCCCACGGUCAUGUACAUCGCGGGCGUCACGGAGAUCCACGAGCGGCUGCUGCCGGGACUGAAGCACCUGCACGGCACGCUGGAUGCCAAGUCGAAGGAGUUUGACAAGAUCAUCAAGAUCGGGCGCACGCACACGCAGGACGCCACGCCGCUCACGCUGGGCCAGGAGUUCAGCGGAUACGCCACGCAGGUUGAGUAUGGCAUCGCUCGUGUGGAGGCGGCGCUGCCGCGGCUCUGCAUGCUGGCGCAGGGCGGCACAGCCGUGGGCACCGGCCUCAACGCCAAGAUUGGUUUUGCGGAGAAGGUGGCGGCCACCGUGGCCGAGGACACGGGGUACCCCUUUGUGACCGCGCCCAACAAGUUUGAGGCGCUGGCGGCGCACGAUGCGGUGGUGGAGAUGAGCGGCGCGCUCAACACGAUUGCGGUCAGCCUAAUGAAGGUGGCCAACGACAUCCGCUUCCUGGGGUCGGGCCCGCGCUGCGGCCUGGGCGAGCUGCAGCUGCCGGAGAACGAGCCCGGCAGCAGCAUCAUGCCCGGCAAGGUCAACCCCACGCAGUGCGAGGCGCUGACCAUGGUCUGCGCACAGGUGAUGGGCAACCACGUGGCCGUGACCGUGGGCGGCUGCAGCGGACACUUUGAGCUCAACGUGUUCAAGCCCAUGCUCAUCCGCAACCUGCUGCACUCCACGCGCCUGCUGGGAGACGCCGCCGUGUCCUUCACCGACAACUGCGUGUCGGGCAUUGUUGCCAACGAGGGCCGCAUCGCACAGCUGCUGCACGAGUCGCUCAUGCUGGUCACCGCCCUGAACAACAAGAUCGGCUACGACAAGGCCGCCGCCAUCGCCAAGAAGGCGCACAAGGAGGGCAGCACCCUGAAGCAGGCGGCGCUGGCGCUGGGCCACUGCACCGAUGCGGAGUUUGAUGCCUGGGUGCGCCCCGAGGACAUGAUUGCGCCCAAGUGA